UUCAAGCGUGCAAAGUGCUCCAACUCUACGAGAGAGAGUCAGUAAUGUUGCUGAUGUUGCAUUUACGUGAAAAUAAAUAUACAAAUUUCGCAACGGUUGACGGUAAACCAUGAUCCAUCAUCGAUUGUUCGUCAUUACGAAUUAAUAUUAUUCAAAUACGAUUGAUACUUUUCUCAGUGGGCAAUUCAUCCUUCAAAGCACGUAUCAUCAGACAUGAGGUUCAUAUGCAUCUGCAGGCACAACGGUGAACAACAGUUCCACAGGAAUAGCAAUUUUGUCUAAGCCUAACAAAUAACAUUACUUAACGCAACAAAGCAUAGAAGUAAAGAUAAAUAAGACUAUAAAAAAAGAGAUGUGAAAAUCGAGCGAUGAUGCCAGAUGAUACGUUGAGUCACUAUCUCGCUAAAGAGUGAGACACGUGCGGCGUCCUGUGAUAUUCCUAAGCAGAAUAUCAGCAGAUAUAAUGAUUUGCAUCUGUGUCACAAUUGAAACGUGCUGCAACAGGAAGCACCAAAUUGUGUGUUCAAUUUCCUUGCUAUUAUAACGUAUGAUUGGUCAAAUGCCAAUGAUCAUGGCAGAGAAGAAAGGCGAGAGGUAUCCAUUACAUAGAUGCAUAUUUCAAGGUGAUGUUAAGAUGCUGAGUUCGUUGCUUGAGACCCAUGAUGUUGCCGAGAAAGAUAAACAAGGGAACACACCUUUGCAUUUAGCUGUAAUGUUAGGACGAAAAGAAUGUGUUCAAUUAUUGCUUAAAUAUGAUACACCUAUAAAAGUGAAGAAUCUAGCUGGUUGGAGUGCAUUGGCUGAAGCAAUCAGUUACGGAGAUAGACAAACUAUAUCAUCUUUAGUACGCAAGCUGAAGGAACGAACUAAAGAGGAUAUGGAAGACCGGACACCGGAUAUAGUUAGUGCACUGCAUCAAAUAGGUGAUUUUUAUAUGGAAUUAAAAUGGGACUUUCAGAGCUGGUUACCAUUAGUCUCGAGGGUGUUGCCAUCAGAUAUAUGUAAAAUACAUAAAAGUGGAGCUUCUAUUAGGAUGGACACGACUCUUGUAGACUUUAAUGAUAUGAGAUGGGAAAGAGGUGACAUAUCUUUCAUCUUCAAUGGCGAUCAAAAGCCCAACGAAUCAUUAACUAUCCUCGACAAUACAGCUAAAAUUUUCCAAAGAGUGAGCUACGAGGAGACAGAAAUUGAUAUAGAAGAUGAAGUUGAUAUUCUUAUGUCUAGUGAUAUUAUGGCAGCCCAAAUAUCUACCAAAGGUGUUACAUUCUCUAGAGCACAAACAGGAUGGAUUUUUAGGGAAGAUAAGACGGAAAUGGUGGGUCCUUUCCAUGCCGAUUUUUACCAAAUUAAUGGCAUGGUGUUUGAAAGUAGAAAACGUCGUGAACAUUUAAGUGCGGAAGACCUCCAAAAAAAUAAGGCCAUUUUGGAGUCACUUACUAAGGGCAAUUCUCAAACGCUUACAGAUGACGACGAGCCUCCUACGAGAAGAGCGUCGUUGAACCCACCACCAGAAUCGAACAUAACAUGGGAGGAAUAUAUCACUGCUCCUCCUGGGAAGUGUCCACUUCUAGGUAGAAACCUUGUGUAUAAAGAAAGUAGUAAAUCAUUCAAAGCUACCGUGGCGAUGAGUUUGGACUUCCCUCUCACUGUCGAUAUGUUACUCAAUGUUUUGGAAGUGAUCGCGCCGUUUAAGCAUCUGAACAAAUUACGGCAAUUUGUGCUCAUGAAGUUGCCUCCUGGGUUUCCGGUUAAGAUCGACAUACCGAUAUUACCUACAGUCACUGCUAAAAUAACUUUUCAAGAGUUCGCCUUUCGCAAUGACAUAGAUCCGGAACUGUUCAAGAUACCAGAAGAUUACGAGGAAGACCCAAUGAGUGAUUAUGAUUUCCAGACUUAUGACGCUUCGACAUCUUAAUACUAAUCAACGUCCAGCCUAGUUGGGGUCUUUUUCCUUUUGUGCUAGAAGACAAUCUGGCUUUCGAGAUUUGGGCCAGUCUGGAAAGCAUCUACUGAAGCCAUUGUGUGUUGUUCAUCGAGUAAACUAAUACUCAUAACUUAAUUACACGUAACUGCGAAUAGUGUCGAAUAUUUACGAGACGUUCUAUAGAGAAACAUAACUACGAACAGGAAGCAAAUCUACACACAGUGGAAUUACUUAAACUUGCACACGACACUACUAUUUAGUAUCUAAACGCGUAACUAUAUGUUUUUUUCUUCAGGUAGACUAACGUUUGUAUGAAAAAAAAUAGUCAUAUGUCGUGUUGUACCUACAAAAUACGCUACGUAUGAUCAAUGUUGCUGAGGCGAUAUGUUACGUAUCAAUCAGUUGAGAAGAAUGAUCAAAAUUUACGUUUCAACAAUAUUGAUACAACUUUAUAACUUUUGAUAACUUUUAAAUGACAAUUAAUUACUUCAGCAUAUUUUCAAAUUCGAAUUAGUAAGUAUAUUAAAACAGAUACCGUUGUAUUGUCUCUAGCAACAUUACGCACGAUGAGCGACAUAUCUAAUUUUUCAAAAAAUCGCGAUUAAAAUUUUCACUUCCCACGUGAAUUAAAGAUAUCUCAAAAAUCUUAAAUCUCCAAGUUCGUCGCUGCAGCCUCGUUAGAUUAAUAAUGCGGCAAAGACAUAAGUGAUUAUUCGUAAUGUGAUUUAUUGUCACAGUAUACAUUGAGAUGAAUAAACUUUUGUUACUAAUAACGACAAAGCGAAUUUAUUUCAACAUGUAACAGAGGGAGAGUUUUGUAUAAUUUCUCGCUGAUUACAUCUAAUAUGACUGCAGUGGCGAAUUAGAGAGCUUUAAUAAAUAAACAAAUUAAAUCGGGUAACAAGUUAACGCUGUAUUAAUAUUCUGCACUUUUCGCACAAAUUAUCUAUCAAUUCCAAAUUCAGUAAAGAUGAUAAUUCACGUUUAUUUCUUUACUAAUCACACGAACAAUAUGUGUUUUUACUAUUGGAAUUUUGACAAUAGCGUAGCAUUCAAUUGGCCAUGUGAAGGAAUAUUAGACUAGGAUGUACUCUUCAGUAUUACCAAUUUACACUUUUGUGUAGCUCGUAA